AUGGCCUUAAAUGUCACCAUCAACAAUCUCAACACAAUAGCUAUUGGACUUCUCCUACACUGUGUCUAUGCCCUCACAAUGCUAAAGCUGAUCUUUUCAUCCUGGGGUGAGGGCAGUUUCUCCCCCGCACCCCCACCCCAUUCCCGCCCAUUGCUGUGGGUCUGCCCCUUCCUGGUAGUCGGGGUUCCACCCCUUGAUGAUAGAAGCGACCUGUUUCCCUCCGAACAGAUCCGAGCAAGCCAUUUUUCUAUCCGUCUCCCGGGGAGGCUCCGAACUUCCCAGCCUGCAGUCACAGUCAUGGUCGUUCCUGGUCACUGCCUGGCAUCCCUUGCGGUAUUCUUAGGAUUGCUCCUGGGAUUGUGUGGGGCCCAGCACGCGCCAGACACCCUGGAAGUGAAGAUGGAUGGGGAGGUUCAGAUUGUAUCCCUCAAUGCAAAUGUCACCAUCCCCUGUGAAUUGUCUGGCCAUGGUUCUAGAGCCCUGGAUGUCAGCAUCAUUGGAAUCAGGUGGUUCCUGAGAAGGAUGGACUCUGACAAGGAAGAAGAAAUCUUUGAGUACAAUGGAGGAAAACGGAUUCCAAUCAGACCAGGAGCCGAUAUCUCAAAAUCAAAUCUGAGUCAGGGAGAUGCCUCACUCCAUCUGUCCCAUAUCCAGGUUCAGGAAGGAGGAGAGUACAGGUGUGAGAUGAUCAUUCCUCCUAGGAGAGCCCAGGGAACAGCCAGGCUGGAUGUGGUGGCUCAGCCCUCCAGGAUCCUGUUGCCAUCAGAAACUGUAGUGGAGGAAAAGAAAGCAUAUCCUCUGGAAUGCAUCGUGACAGGCUUCUACCCUGAGUCGGUGAAAAUCAUCUGGAAGAAAGUGAUCCCAGGGAUUCACUUUCAGGAUGUGGAGAUUUCUGAGGGCAUCUGCAUGAGCUCCAUUAGGAACAAUGAUGGUACAUUCAAUGCUACCAGCUACUUUAUUCUACACCCAAUUUUGGAAGACAAUGGAACCAUCUACCAGUGUGUGGUUGCUCAUAAAUCGCUAUUGAUCCCAUUGCAGUACAGUACUACCUUGAUUGUGACAGAGCUUGUAAAGGCUACAGAUUGGAGGAAGAUCAUUAUAUACAUGCCACUAGUGAUGGUCUUAUGUUUCUUUGUUUGGGUGUUGAUUGAACCUUUCAGAAAAGGACCACACAUCUCCUCAGUGGCACCUGUGCUGAGCCCACUCCCAGCCCUUGAGUACCUCAAGCACCAGGAGCUGAAGACUUUCUACUUUGUGAUUUGGGGAUAUAGGCCCAAACCUCUGACUCUGAAGCUUUUCCUAAAGACUGAUCCCCUGGGUGAGGAAGAGCUUCUCUUUUGCCAGAAGAAUCAGGGUGUGGAAGAGGAGGAAAAGCCAGAAUCCAUGCAGCUGAUGGAGAGACAGACAGGGUUUACCUUGAGUCCUAUGGUUCCAGUCCAGAAAGAUAAUCUCUUUGGGAUAUCAUGUCAUCUCACCAUUCUGCCUGACCUGGCUAGGUUCACAGAAGCAGAUCUCCUUCUCCAGGUAGAACAUUCAGCCCUGAAGAACCCCCUCAGGAGAAAGAUCCAUCUGAAGGUCAUAGUUCAGCCCAAGCUGAAAAAGAUCCGGUGUUCCUCGGACCAUCCUCAGCCUGGAGAAAGUGUGACCUUGACAUGCAGGAUCCAUUCCUUCUUUCCCAGAGCUAUCAGGGUGUCUUGGUACAAGGAGGGCAGGCUGAUCCUGGAGGGCAUCGAGACAUCAGAGGUUGUGGAUCCCCCAGAGGAUGGGUUGCUCUGCUCCUGUACCAGCAAGCUGGAGCGCUCUCUUCAGAUGGAGGACCUUGGGAAGAAAUUCAUAUGUGAGGCCCAGGUGGAAGGGGGUGAGCCUGUGGAGAGGCACUGGGUCCUGUGACAUUGGGUGAGUUCCUCCCCAAAGGGUGCUACAGGAACAUGUGGUGAUUCUGAAGGCACCCUCAACACUAAUAAAAAGAAAGUAGGGGGCAGCUAGGUGGCGCAGUGGAUAGAGCACCGGCCCUGGAGUUAAGAGGACCUGAGUUCAAAUCCGACCUCUGACACCUGACACUUACUAGCUGUGUGACCCUGGGCAAGUCACUUAACCCUAAUUGUCUCAACCCCCCCCCCCCAAAGAAAGAAAGUAGGAUUCUGAGGAUACAUUUGCUUUGACCACUUGAUUUACUACUAUUAGGCCCCCAAAGACAAGGCCAUUUUUAAACAUUAGCAUUUUUUUUAAAAAUCAGUUUUUAUGUCAUCUGAUUUUCUCCCUUAUUCCCUCCUCCCCACUCCCAGAAAUCUAUCCCUUGCAGAAAAAAAAUUAAGAAAAAGGAAAAAAAGGUAGCAGACAAAAAAAUAUAGUUGUAGCAUAUGUACCAGUCAUACCUCAGUAAGACCGUUUUGGGCAAAUGGCUAAACUAGGUUGACAGUACCUGAUUGGCCUCAAACUCAUUGGGAAAUCAGGGAGUGUCUACCCCAAACUUGUGAAGACUUUUUCCUUGAAAUGUGAACAAUUCGUUCUAGUGGGCUAGGAAGGCUACAGAAGCAGAUGCUGUUCCAAAAUGAACAAAUAUUAGCUUUUUUGUUUUCACUUUAAUAUGUAAAAUUUAGUAGAAAUAUGAUCUGAAUGACCAGAAAUCCUGUUUGCAUUAGGAUGUUAUUUUUCCUGUAAAGUGCAAAUUUUAACAAUUCAAUUUGGGUGAGAGAUUUGCUAGUUUUACAGAAGGAUUUACUAACAAACUCAAACUGUGUUUUUCUAUUUUCAUGUAAAUGACUGGAAUGUUGAAAAAACUUGAGUUCCUAGGUUAUAAUCUAUGCAUGUAUGUUACUUACAAUAUUGAAUGUGUGUCACUAUAUAUAAAGAUGAUAAUGCUAUGCAAUUUUGAAUGGUACCAGUUUCCAUAUGACAGUUGGUUGAACUAUUUUAGUGUGCCGCUUAAUUUUUGAAUUAUAUUUUUAAAGUUGCAUAAUUAAUUUUCUUGCAAAAUAAAAAAAUAAUAAAAAAAGACUUCUUCCUAUCCAAGAAAUUUUGAUGUUAUACCAUGCAACAGUUUUAAAAUUUGAAUAAGAUCUCUUGUGCUAAAAAAAAAGCAGGUGAUCCAAAACAAUCCAAAGGAACUAAUGAGGAAGCUUACUAUGCACAACUAUAGAAAGAACUGAUAAGAACACUUGUG